GCCCCGCCCCUCGCGCUUUCGCGGGCUCGGCCAGGAGACUUGGGCUCCGCGCGGCGCAUGGCGCUUGCCGGGAGAGUCAUGGCUACUUUCCGCUUGGCCCUCAUCCAACUUCAAGUUUCUUCCGUCAAAUCAGAUAACCUCACUCGAGCUUGUGGCCUUGUCCGGGAGGCGGCAGCACAAGGAGCCAAAAUAGUUUGUCUGCCAGAAUGCUUUAAUUCUCCAUAUGGCACGAACUAUUUUCCUCAAUAUGCGGAGAAAAUUCCUGGUGAAUCCACACAGAAGCUUUCUGAAGUAGCAAAGGAGUGCAGCAUAUAUCUCAUUGGAGGUUCCAUUCCUGAAGAGGAUGCUGGGAAAUUAUAUAACACCUGUGCUGUGUUUGGGCCUGAUGGCACUUUACUGGUAAAGCACAGAAAGCUCCAUCUGUUUGACAUUGAUGUUCCUGGGAAAAUUACCUUUCAAGAAUCUAAAACACUGAGUCCUGGUGAUAGUUUCUCCACAUUUGAUACUCCUUACUGCAGAGUGGGCCUGGGCAUCUGCUACGACCUCCGCUUUGCAGAGCUUGCACAGAUCUACGCACAGAGAGGCUGCCAGCUGUUGGUAUAUCCUGGAGCUUUUAAUCUGACCACUGGACCAGCCCACUGGGAGCUCCUUCAGCGAGGCAGGGCUGUUGAUAAUCAGGUGUAUGUGGCCACGGCUUCUCCUGCCAGGGAUGACAAAGCCUCCUAUGUUGCCUGGGGACACAGCACCGUUGUGACCCCUUGGGGGGAGGUCCUCGCCACGGCUGGCACUGAAGAGAUGAUUGUGUACUCGGACAUCGACCUGAAGAAGUUGGCUGAAAUACGCCAGCAAAUCCCUAUUUUUAGCCAGAAGCGAUUAGACCUCUAUGCAGUGGAGGCGAAGAAGCCCUAAGCCUUUUCCCUUCCUGGGAGCUCUCCAUUGAGAUGACGGAGCGUCAGCACACUGACAUCUCCACACCGUGUUAAAUAGUCCAGAAGGACUCGGGCUGGCAUUGAAGAGCAGGGGAGCCAGGGAUGGCUCCAAGCCUCCUUCUGUACCUAAGUUGCCUCAGAGCAGUUGAUGGAAGUUCCGAUCUUGGUGUCCUGGUGGUCGAUUCACUGGAUACGAAUGUAUCUGUCCCGAGCCUCUCGUCUCACUACUGGAGUCCAUUACACAGAAACCUGGGUCUGAGGCUGCUCCUUCUCGAGCAGUACCUCACGCUCUGCUCCGAGUGGCUAUGGGAGCAGGGUGGUGGGUCGUUGGUGUCUGCCAGCGGAGGUGGCAGCCCCACUCUUCCUAGCAGCCUUUGGGCUCUUCGAAUUCAGGGAGCUGACAGUGCAACCCAGACGCCCCUGGUCGAGGGGAAAGACGUUUCCACAGAGAGCCCAGUGCGGCGUUUGCUCCAGGCAACGGAAGAUGAGUCUCUGCAGGUUUCCUGAUAGGAUGAGUGUCUGGAAAGCUUUCUGUUUGCUUUUCUCCCUAGUAACAUUUCUAGCUUGAUAAAUGCAGAUUUCAGCCUGGUGCUUCUCAGAUUCCUUUUGCACAAUUAAAAAUCAAGAAUUCUAAUGAGCUUUAAUUUAUGUAUGUUAUGGCUAGUGUUGGGCUGGUAAACGUUUAACAACCAGCUGUCGGAGAAAAAGCCCUGAUUUUGUAGUAGCAUUUGCCAGCUUCCAUAGUGUAAAUACUUACACCAUGGCCAAAUUCAGGCCGUCAAUGUGACACCUCUAAACAGAGCGCUCAGAUGCAGUCGGCUCUCAUGAGCUGGUGCAGUCUGCUCUGACACAUCACUGUAUGUAGAGACAGUUCCCAUACUGGAAAAUAAAACAAUUUUAAAACAAAAGAAUACAUGAGCACACAUUCAGUAACUGUAAGAAUGAUGACAUCGUGUCCUCAGAAGAGUACGAGAGUGAAAAAGGCAAAGGGCUUUUUAAAAUUGUGUACAAUUUGGUCAAGUCUGACAGAGUAUACAUCCAUGAACCCGCUGCAAUCGCAAUAAUGAACAUACCCCCCCCCCCCCCAAAUUUCCUGCUCUUCUAUAACCCCCUAGCUACUCCUCUCAUCCACAGGCAAUCAUUAGUCGGCUUUGUCACUAUGGAUUAGUUUGAAUUUUCUAGAAUUACCUUAAAAUGGAAUCAUACUGUGUAUGUACUUUUUUGUCUGCUUUCACUCAUAAUUAAUCUGGAGAUCGAUCCACGUGUGUGCAUCAGUAAUUCAUUCCUUUUCUAUUGCUGAAUAACAGUCCACUGUAUGGAUACACCACAAUUUACUCGUUCUCAAGACAUCUGGGUUGUUUCCAGUUUUUGGCUAUUACAAAUAAAGCUGCUGGAAACAUUUUGUACAAGUUGUUCAUUUCUCUUGAGUCAGUAUCUAGGAGAGUGGUGGGGUUGUAUGUGUAUCUCACUGCCAAGCUGUUUUCCAAAGUGCUUGUGCCAUUUCACUGAGCUACGAGCUGUCUAUCAGAGUCCCAUUUGCUCCACAUCCUACACCUGGCGUGAUGAGUCUUAAUUUUAGCCAUUUUAAUGUGCACAUAAUGUUAUUUCAUUAUGGUUUUAAUUUGUAUUUUCCUGAUGACUAAUGAUGCUGAGCAUCUUUUCAUGUGCCUCUUUGCUAUCUGUAUAUCUUCUGUGGUGGAGUGUCUAUUCCUAUCUUUUCCCUGUAUUUUAUGGGGUUAUUUAUCCUCUUAUUGAUUAAUAAGAAUUCUUCAUAUACUCCAAAUAAAAGUCUUUUGUUAGGUAUUAUGUUUUAUAAAUAUAUUCUCCAGGUCUGAGGAAAAAAAUGUCUUUUCAUUUUCUUAAAAGUAUUGUUUAAACAGCAAAAGUUAUAAAUUUUCAGGGCUGGUCCGGUGGUGCAG